CUUGUUCAUUUCAGUCGUAGUCAGCCUUAGAUCCAAUGUCUGUCAAAGUAGUAGCGAAGAGAAAGCAUUUCCAAAUUGAAAAUAAUGGAGAUUAUAACGAAGCAAAAAGGGUAAAUCUUAUCUAAUGCCAACAUCUGGGGAAGAAGAAGAAGAAGAAGAGAUCAGUUCCUGCCAAAAAAACUCGCAAGGGUAAGAGAGUCGUGAAGCAGAUAGAUGUUGAUCAGCAGGCCACUGGAAUUCACUUUCAAGAGGAAAUAAUUGUGGAAAUCCUCAAGAGGUUACCCGCGCAGUCUGUUCUGCGGUUCAAGUGUGCGUCAAAAAGUUGGGAUGCAUUAAUAUCAGAUCCUGGCUUUAGGAUGAAGCAUUGGAGCCCUGACUCAAAAUCUGAAAAGCUUCUUAUUCGCCAACGCUCCCUUACUCAACGUGGUGUGUUUAAGUUCUCUUCUUCUUCUUUAUCGACUUCUGAGGAUGUACAAGAACUCGAUCCCCCUUUAACCUGCUACGUGGAUCGUUAUGAAUUAUUUGCUUCUUCCGAUGGGUUGGUUCUUCUUAAGGCUGAUACACAGCUUGUGUUGUGGAACCCCUCCACUGGAGAAUCCGCUGUACUUCCCCAUUCAGACGUUAACGAAGAGUGUUCUUUUUUCGGAUUGGGCUAUGACGCUACAAGUGAUGGUUAUAAGAUCCUAAAGUUGAACAUUACGAAAUAUCCAAAUCAAUCUAUUGAAAUUCUCACGCUAAAAAGUGGUUCUUGGAGAAAAAUUUGUAAUCAUCCAACUAUUGAUUUCCCUGGCAUGGGAUGUAAACUGGAGAUUUAUCCUUACCCAAAUAAAAUUUUUCCCUUUGAUCCUCUAGUAUAUGUCCAUGGAGCAUUUCACUGGCUUGGUCAUUUAUUGGUAGAAAGAAAGGUUAUUCUUGUUUCAUUUGAUAUUUCAAAUGAGGUGUUUGGGGAUUUACCUUUGCUAGAGGAAAUGUUCGUAAGGGUUCCAGGCCUAUCUGAUAUCGGCAUUUCAUUAUUGGAUGGAAUGCUGUGCUUCCAUCUAACUGAUGUUCCGUUGGACAUUUUUAAGUUAUGGGCGAUGAAAGACUAUGGUGUUAAGGAAUCUUGGACAGUAUUGUUUACCAUACGAGUCUGUGAUCUUUCUCUAGUCAGACCUCGAUACAGGUUUCCGGAUGGCGAUUUGCUGCUAUAUGCACCGGGGGAAUUACCUCAUCAAGGUUUAAACCCUUGGAGCUUCAAAUUUCAGACAUUCGAAGGAAAAUAUGGAUGUUGGCCUCAACGUGAGUUCAUUGAGAAAGGAAUCGUUUAUACAGAAAGCUUGAUUUCUCCAAAGUUAGUUAUUUAAUAUUUGCUUGGAGUUGAGUAUCUAUCAGAAACAAGCUCUCCGAGACCCAGACAAGAUAGGAAUAGGGUUUAUAUUACUUUGGGCAUGUUGAUGUUGUGCAAACACUCACUCUUUUUCCUUUUGUUUUUUAAUAGUUAUUUGCAGAGAUAAUGAAUGAACUUCUUGUUCUAACAAUUUUAAUUAUAUAUUGCCUGCAAAUUUGGAUUGGCCUAAA